AUGGCCGUAGCGGGUGAGCACAUGUACGAGCUGACCGAGUCCUCUCCGUCUCGGACUUCACCCACGAUGCCGACGGAAGUGCUGGAAGAAUCGCAUGCGGUCGAUCCGCGACUGCAUCGGAGAACGCUCCUGAAGCUCGACUGCCUGCUGCUUCCAUUUCUCGCGCUCCUAUUCUUGUUCAAUGCGCUGGACAAGUCCAAUAUCGGAAAUGCAGAGUCGGCGCAUUUUAUGGAAGACAUUGGACUCGACAAGAGCGCCCUGAACACUGCUGUUGCCCUCUUCUUCGCCUUUUUCGUCGCCUUGCAGCCCGUCGGUGCGGCCCUAGGCAGGAGAUAUGGCAUGGUUGCUUGGGUACCGAGCUGCAUGUUACUGUGGGGGAUAUGCACAGCAUUGCACGCUUGGGUGACGCACAAGUGGCAGCUAUACACGCUGCGCAUCCUCAUCGGGUGUCUGGAGGCUGGCUUCUACCCCGUGACCGUCACCUACCUCUCUCUCUUUUACACGCGCUUCGAAUUCGGCAGACGCAUGUCGGUCUUCUACGGUCAGGCAGCCAUCGGUGGUGCGCUGGGAGGCCUAGUAAGCUACCUCGUCUUCUCCAAUUUCAAGGAUCACAAGAACAACGACACCAAAUGGAUGCCGUGGCAGGUGCUGUUCAUCCUGGAAGGAGUUUUGACCAGCUUGGUGGCUUUGGUGGGAUACUUCUGGCUCCCACAUAGCGCGGAGACGGCAUGGUUCCUCACACCGGAAGAACGCCGGUAUGCUGCUGCGCGUGUUGUACAGGACAGGGACAUGCAGAAUACUCCCGGGGAAGCCGCCAAGGAGGACCUACAUGCAGAGGAUACCCAUGAUGAGGAGUCUCGCGGCCUUUUGGAGCCCUCGAAGCGUACAGCUGCGGCAGGGGUACCGGCUAAGCAGCUUGUCAACGACCGCGGACUGAGCCCGCACGAUAUAUUGUCUGCCAUCUUCAACGUCAAGAUCUGGCACAUCCUCGCCUGCAACAUCCUCUCUGCCGUGCCGGUCUAUGCAUUCGCCGUCUUUCUUCCACUUGUGUUGGCACCUCUCACGGAGAACAGGGACCCUGCGCUCGUCAAUCUCCUCACAGCGCCGCCGCAUCUCUGUGGAGCUAUCACGCUCUUCUUCUGCGCUACCUACAGCGACAAGCAUCAUAUACGUCUGAAGCCGGUGAUGCUGGGCCUACUAAUCAUGGUUGUAGGACUGAUGAUUGUCGUUUUGCUACCAGAAACGUGGGCCAUACCUCGCUACGUUGCCCUCAACGUCCUUUUAUCCGGAACAUAUGUCGCUUCGCCGCUCACUGUAGCAUGGAUCUCUGGCAACACGCCGUCACCUGGAAAACGGGCAUUGCUGCUUGGCAUCAACGGCUGGGGCAAUCUAGCCGGCGUCAUCUCAGCGCUUCUCUUUCGACCCGAAUAUGCAGAGAGUGGCUACAUUGUGCCGUUUUGGUGGACGCUGCUUUGUGUGGCGGUGGCAGCCUUGGGCUAUGUGUUCUUCUACAGGCAACUGCAGGUGGAGAAUGAGCAACGAAGGAGCCUUUUGCGCAAGUGGAGUGAAAGUGACGUUGAGUUGGAGAGGCUAGAGGGCAGAGGGCCAUUGCCGCAGCAACGGCAGUGGAUCAACAAAGUCAUCGAUAUGGCACGGUCGACUGGAAGGCUUGACUGGCUUGCCGACUGGCUUGACGAGGCCAGCCGAUCCGGCAGAGAGGGUGACGAAAGGAUCACCUUCAUCUACGGGUUAUAA